AUGUCUGUUAUUACUGCUGCUCCUCUGUUAGCAUUGCUAAGAGAGAGUGAUAAUACUGUAAAAUCUUAUGCCUUAAAAUCCAUUAAUGACGUUGUGGAUCAGUUAUGGAGCGAGGUAUCUAACGAUAUUACUGAUAUCGAGGCGCUAUAUGAAGAUAGCAAAUUUCAGGAUCGUAAAUUAGCUGCCUUAGUGGCAUCUAAAAUAUACUAUAAUUUGGGGGAGUAUGAGUCUGCUGUGAAAUACGCUCUCGCAGCAGAGGAAUACUUUGAUAUUAAUGAAAAGUCUAGGUACGUGGAAACUAUUGUUUCUCAAAGCAUUGAGUUGUAUAUCAAAUUGUCUAGUGAAAAAUAUGGUUCCAAUGGGGAAGAACUAGAUAAGCAGCUUGUUGGUAUUUUUGAGAGAAUGCUUAGCAAGUGUGUUUCAGCUGGUGAAUACAAGUUGGCUCUAGGAAUAGCAUUGGAGAGUUACCGUCUUGAUGUCGUUUCAAGGAUUUUAAAUCAGCAAACAUCAGAGACAAGCGCUUUAAAAUUGAUUACUUAUGUUUUAGUUGCUGCAACAACCACUGUGAACAAUACCUAUUUUAGAUUGAACAUCUUACAUGAACUUUUUGAAAUUUUAAUUAAAUUGAAGUCGCCAGACUAUUUUGCUAUAUCUAAGAUUAUUGUCAAUUUAAAUGAAUCUGACUUGGCUAGGAGGUUGUUCAAAAAAUUAGUUGCAGAGGAGAACUUUGAAAUCGCAUACCAGAUUGCAUUUGAUCUAGUUACCUCAGCUUCACAAGGCUUACUAAAUGAUUUGGUUACAUCUUUGAGUUCUGAAUCUUAUGAUAGCAAGCUUGUCGAAAUCCUCUCGGGAAUCCCAACCUGUGAUUUUUAUAAUACGUUCUUGUUUCAGAAUAAGAACGUUCGCUUGGGUUUGUUGAAUAAAUCCAAACUAGCAUUGGAUGGCAAAUUCUCAUUAUUCCACACAGCUGUCAGUGUAUCUAAUGCCUUCAUGCAUGCGGGUACCACUGAUGAUACAUUUAUUAGAUUAAACCUUCAGUGGUUAGGAAAAGCGCAAAAUUGGGCCAAGUUCACUGCUACUGCUUCUUUGGGGAUUAUCCACCAGGGCAAUUUAUCAGAAGGUAAGAAGAUUUUAGAGCCUUAUUUACCGGGUAGCCGCUCAUCUUCUCGGUACAUCAAAGGCGGUUCAUUGUAUGGUUUAGGAUUAAUAUUUGCUGGCUAUGGAAAAGAGAUCAUCGGCUACUUAAAGCAGCAAAUUUUAGAGAAUAGCUCUAACGCUAGUGAUGAGGAUGUUGAUGUAUUGUUGCAUGGUGCUUCUUUGGGUAUUGGUUUAGCUGGUAUGGGUUCGAAUAAUACAGAAAUCUAUGAAGCUUUGAAAGAGGUGCUAUACGCGGACUCUGCAAACUCAGGCGCAGCAGCAGCUUUGGGUAUUGGUUUAACAAUGUUGGGUUCUGGUGAUAAAGCUGUCCUCGACAACUUAUUUACGUACGCACAGGAAACUUCCCAUGGUGAAAUAACGAGGGGUCUAGCUGUUGCUCUAGCGUUGGUCAAUUAUGGCCGUGAAGAAUUAGCAGACGAAUUGAUUAAGAAGAUGUUGCAUCACGAAAACGACUUUUUACGUUAUGGUGCUGUGUACAUGAUUGCUUUGGCCUAUGCUGGGACUAGUAAUAACAAAGCUGUAAAGAAAUUAUUGCACGUGGCAGUUUCUGACUCAAAUUGUGAUGUCAGAAGAGCUGCUGUUACUGGCUUAGGUUUUAUUUUAAUUCGUGAUUACACUACUGUUCCAAGAAUCGUUGAGUUGUUGUCUGAGUCUCACAACCCUCAUGUUCGUUGUGGGACUGCAUUUGCAUUAGGUGUUGCUUGUGCUGGUAGAGGAUUACAAAGUGCUUAUGACGUUUUGGAGCCAUUAACUAAUGAUCCUGUGGACUUUGUUCGUCAAGCUGCUAUGAUUUCUUUGUCAAUGAUCUUGAUUCAACAAACCGAAAAAACUAAUCCGAAAGUGAAAGAAGUUAAUGAACAAUUUAGAUCUGUUAUAUCUAACAAGCAUCAAGAGGGUUUAGCGAAGUUUGGUGCAUGUGUUGCUCAAGGAAUCAUGAAUGCAGGUGGCCGUAACGUCACAAUCCAAUUGGAGAACUCCGAAAUGGGUACUUUAAACACCAAGUCUGUUAUUGGAUUAGCUAUGUUUACCCAGUUCUGGUACUGGUUUCCUUUGUCCCACUUUUUGUCAUUAGCUUUUACACCAACGUCAAUUAUCGGUGUUCGUAGCCAAGAUUUGGCCAUUCCAAAAUUUUCAUUUAACUGCCACACUAAGGAAGGCAUUUUUGACUAUCCAACAAGAUUCGAAGAAGAUGUUGACAAAGGGGUUGAAAAGGUCGCAACAGCUGUGUUAUCAACUACCGCUAAGGCUAAAGCAAGAGCUAAGAAGUCCAAGAAGGAUAAAGUACUAGAGCCUGAAAAAUUAAAGGAAGAUCCGAAAUCUGAAAAAGAUGUUAAGGAAAAGAAGGAAGUUGAAGUUAUUGAAGAAGAAGUGAAGAUUAAGUAUACAUCCAGCUCAUAUAAGGUUGAUAAUAUGUCACGUGUACUGCCACAACAGCUCAAGUACAUUGUAUUUGCCAAGGAGGAACGGUUUACACCUGUUCGGAAGUUUAAAGGUAGCAAUGGUGUUAUAGUGUUGUCAGACAAAACACCAGAUGAACCUGCAGAAAUCAUCAAGACCGUAAGACAAGAAAAAGACGUAGAAGCACCGCUACCUACACCUUUUAAGAUAAAUGAAGAGUUAGAGUUUUAG